AUGUCACACACAAACACAUCUUGCAUCCCGGUGCUGUCAUUUUUAGCAGCCGGGAACUACGAGUUCAAGUUCGUCGGCGAGGGAGCAGCAAACGUCGUUUUUGAAGUUAUUCCACAACCUGGAGAUGAGCACAGCAGUACCUUUCAAGGGUAUCUUCUGCGAGUACCAAAAGCAGAGACGAAAGCACACAACUAUGUGGAGCUCCAAGAGUAUUGGGAAACGGUUGUGAAGCCGUUGUUUGAGCCGGAAGAGCUCGUCCAACAGCGCCUCGUCAAACUCGGGAGCGAAGAAAUAGCUUCGCGCCUGAACGCAACGUUGGCACUAAAAGAGGAAACCCGAAGGCCCGAUUUCAGAGGAAGCAGAGUCGCAGUGGCCGAGUAUGGCAUGCUCGUAGAGGACAUGCGUCAGAGCCACACCGGCGACCUGACGCUCGAAUUCAAGCCCAAGUGGCUGGCCCAAUCACGGCACGCCCCUCCCUCGGCAACCCGCUGCCGCACCUGCGCGCGCGAGGCCCUACGCCAGCACACCAAGCCGCAAGCAGCGAAAAAGAGGCCGGAUGGGACCCCCUCGACCCCCCUCUGCCCCCUGAACCUGCUCGCCUGCGCCACCUCCCCCACCGCACUCGCCCACGUCACCGCCCAACUCUCCACCCUCACCCCGCCCACCGGCAGCAUCUGCCCCGCGUCAACCGCCACAACCACGACCACAACAACCCCACCCGCACAGCAACAGCAACAGAACGCCCGCCUUACCACCUGGCUUUGCACCAACACGCUCCUACCGCGGCUGCGCGCCGCCCAGCUAGCCCACGACAACGACAACAACAACGACAACGACAACAACAACAAUGACGUCAACGACCCGAACCCAGACCCCGCCAAGCUCGCGCUAGCAAUGACGCUGCGCGACUGCGCGUGCUUCGUGCGGGUGCCGGCGGACGCGGGGCGGCCGGUGGAGGCGAAGCUGGCGGAUCUGGACCGGAAGAACUGGGCGGCCAAGAUGGGGUACUGGCGGGACCUGGAGGGGCGGCUGGUGGAGGGGGGGUACUAUGAGGGGAGGGAGGUGGAGGUGGUAGGGGAGGGGGAGGUGGAGGGGGUGGGGACGGAUUGUUUGCUUGAGGGGAGGGGGAUGGUGGAAGGAGAGGGGGGGGGGAGGGAGGUUUGAAUUAGUUUGAAUUACCUUAUGAUGGUAUGAGGUAAAGUGGUGUUGAGGGUGUUCCAUGUGAUCGAAGGGUUGGGUUGGGCUUGGUUGGUGGUGUCAGGCGCUAAAUGUUGGGGUAGUAUCGUUAAUUCUGUCUAGGCAGAUCUAAUAUGCUCGAAAAAUCCAU